GAUGCGAGGACGUUCGGGGUCAUGACCCCGGAGUAAUGUUUAGGGAAAAGGUGGUGGGAGAUGGAGGAGCCUGGAGUCUACAAUGGCAAACAGAGUGCUGGAGGAUGAGUUUGUGCGAAACUUAGCAAAGCUGCUCCGAAACCACGGUGACUCUGUACUGAAUGGGACAAGUACUCUGUCGCUGUUAACUGUUGGCCUCCAGCUCCUCCACAAUCUCUUUGAGCAGCACCUCCUGCCACGCAAGUACCAGCAUGGGUUCAUCGCACUGCCCUCCCACCCUUCUGAUACUGCCUCCGUCCUUGAGGUGCAGUUCCUUUUCGAUGUUCUACAGAAAACUGUCUCGCUGAAGUUGGUACAUCCCCCGGGUCCCAAACUUCAGACACCUGUGAAGAUCAUGGCUUUUAAAUCUCUCCGAUUUUUAGAGUUGAAGCGGGUACCCCCUCACUGUCUGGAAGGGCUGCGGUUUGUCUACACGCGACUCGAGAUCCUUGUCUGUUCAAGCUGCAUCAACACAAUUGAGGAAAUUAUCUCGGUCUGCGGUGGAGACCUGAGCUCUGCACUCCCUUGGCUUGAUUUGCACACGCUCAAUUUCAGCAACAACUUUAUCACCUCCCUGGACAGCUCACUGGCCCUGCUCAGUGUGCUACGUAUUCUGGACCUGAGUCACAACCGAAUACGGGACUGUGCAGAGCACCUCAAGCCCCUGUCAGAACUCGAAUAUGUUAACUUGAGCUACAAUCUUCUGGAAAGAGUGCCCGUCUUCAGCUCCUGCUCCCGAGUUCAGCUGACCACUCUGCUCCUGCGCAACAACAAUUUGGAGAAUAUUAAUGGAGUUGAGCAUUUAUCACAUUUGAAACACCUGGAUCUGGCCUACAACAUGAUCUCGGAGCAUGCCCAGCUCGCUCCUCUGUCCCAGCUACACAGCCUAAAGGAGCUCUUCCUUCAAGGGAAUCCUGUAUGUUACCAAAAACGUCAUCGACCCUGUACUAUCUAUCACCUUUCCCCCAAAGCGGCCUUCAUGCGGCUGAUUUUGGAUGGAGAGCCAUUGACUAUGGCAGAACUCACGUAUCUGCCAAAGUCUGGCCGGCUAAUUGGACAGUCAAUGCGCCACUCUUCCCGGAAUAGCACGCUCAGGAAUGUUCUGGAAUCUUCGCUGACCAGUAACCGCAGUGACCGUGUGUACUCAUCAGCCAGCAGUGCCAGACCAAUCACCCGCAAAAAGAGUAAGAUCAAGGUGCGCACUGCCAGUAUCUCUGAGCCAAGUGACAGUGACAAGGAUAUUCCGAAUACUCCAGUCAUAUCGCAUGUUGUCUUGCAACACCAGGAGGACAUCAAGAGGAUGGAUGAGCUCCGUGGUCAGAUUGGGGACGAUUGGCUGCGCUAUCAACAUCACCUGAACAGUCCCAGUGAGGGGCAAACGGGCAACUCUGAGGUGGCCAACUCCCCUGACAAGGAUGAAGCCAACAGCUCCUCCAGCAUCUUCCAUCGCAGAAGCAGCCUGGACGCUGCCUCCGAGGAUUCAGGAGAUCAUGCCAGGAGCAACGAGACCACUCUGCUGGCCCCGGUCGGCAACCAGGAUGAAUGCGCCGCCUCCAGCUAUCUCGCUUCUGAAGAAGGAGCUUAUUUGAAUAAUUCUGUGUCACUAAUGGAGACACAGGAAGAGGAGGAGGAGGAAACAGUGAGAGAUGUCUGCCAGCCCUUCAUCGUUGGCCGGUUGGUGGAGGAGGAGCCUGAGUUGGAAAGCAGCUGGAUGUUCCUGAGAGUGACAGAGGACCAGCUCCUGGAGGUGGAUCUGAUGAAUGCAGACGUCCUGGAGAAACUGGAGCUGAGCAGCCUGACAGCCAUCCACACCUCCGAAGAGUUCUGGGAGAGCAGAGGACAGGCUCUCCCGGCAGUGGAGUGUUCCUUCAGUUACAUUCGCAGGGACAAACGCAAGAGGAAGUACGUGAUCCUGGACAAGAAUCCCCAGGAUGCCUCUGAGAUGCUGGUUAAGAUCCUGAGUGACGCAUUGGAAGCCAACCAGAGGGCAAUGCAGGAGCAUUUUCCCAAACUCCAGUGUUUGAAGUGUCGACACGAGUUCACAGUUUCCCCACAGGAGCGGGAGGCUGCUCACGGCCUCUCCGAGCGUUCCAGUGUUGGACAAGCAGAUGACCCAGAUUACCUGCAGAUUGAGAGUCCAAAGUCCUCGCCGACCUGCCCCAAGUGCGCGAGUGAGAUUGUGAUCAUUGUGCCGUCCGAGAUAGACACGUGCACCAGCACACCCAUCCACCCGGAGGAUGAAGUUGACAAGGUGGAUGUCCUGAAGAUCGCUUUCACAGAUGGCAGUACCACAGGGAGCAUGAAGAGUAUUGAAUCUCCGAGCAGACUGAGUCUGGACGCUGGACCUGGGGUACUGGGUGAUGGUGCCACUGACAUGUUGAGCAUGGACCCAGAGAUCUACUCCUUCGCUGCCGGCAAGUGUGCCAGCUUCUAUUUGGAGUGCGACCAGAGCUGCAGCAGCAGUGUGAGGGACGGCAGUCGGGUUUCUGACACCUCCUUGGGUGAGGUGGAUCCCAGCCUGGGGGCACUGGAGCAGUCUGUGCACACAGCUCCUCAGGGUGGCUGCAGUCCUGGCGUGUAUUGUGGUAGCGCUAACCAGAGGGGGAGCACCGACAGCCUGACCUGGAGCUAUCGCUACGGCACUCCUGGACUGACGCCGAGUUCACCGCGCUCUGAAUGUGGGGAUGAUCUCUCUACAACCAGCAAAGUAGCCGAGUUCAACUUGUCUGUCGAGGAUUUUCAAACCAUUGACCACAGGCUGAAGCUGUUCCUCGACGUUGAGGUUUUCAGUGAAGAUAAGGAGGAGUAUCGGUGCUUUGUCAAGGCAUCUACAGUGAAAUACGGGAGCCCUCAGGAGUACCCGUCAUUGCUGAUCAUGUCGAAUUUCAGUGUCUACAUCUUGGAAAUCACUGGACCCGUCAGUGGUCAGCCAGCUACCUGGCUCAGGAAACGCGAGGUGCACCCUAUACUGGGCCUGGUGCACAUACAGGUGGGCCUUCGUACCCAGAGCAUCAGUAUGGAGUUUGACAGCUCAGGGGCAUCCUAUACAUUGCUGAUCCGAAAUCCUUCCAAGUGCAAGAGCUUCAUGCAGUUUUUCACAGACAUGGUACGGGAAUUGACCCCAAGAUCAAUCAGUAACCUGGAAUCCAUCUCCUUCACCCGCAUGGACCCACAGCACAAACUCUGGCCCCUUAUCUGUGAGCAUCCAGCUGCUGACUCACCGGACUAUCAGUGUCCCAAUUACCUGUAUGUGCUGGCAUUCCUUCUCGAAGAUGAUGAUCUUUCUCCGGUGAGUGUGGUUGCUACCUCAACCACUAUCUACUUAUUGGUGGAGGACCAUCAGUGGAGGAAGGUGAUGGGCGAAAUGGACAAUCCUUUGCCUCAAGAGGUUCCAAUGAAAGAGAGCCAAGCCAUCAGUGAUAUCAGCUCAGUCAGCCUCUAUCAAUCUGCUCCACAUGACAUCCAGCUCCGGUUCUACCAUGAGGUAAGCCGGACUGAAAGCACCUGGCAUCUGCGGACCGAGUGUGUGGAGCUGGUGAAAGCUGUAGUGGACUGGGUCCAGGAGCCAUGGAAGGAGAUGUUCGGGGUACCACUGAAUAUUGCUGUUCACCAAACGCUGAACUAGACUGGGAGAUGGGAAUGUGUUAAGCCCAAGGUGCUUGUGAUCAGAAGGGAUACGUGAGAGGGUGUGAUUUUCAUGAAAUGACCAGAGGUUGAUUCCUGCUGGUGGGAAGGGCUUGUAUUUAGGCUUUACAAAGGGAAUGUUGCAAUCCCUGUGGAUUAAUGACUGUGAUCAUGAUGCCCUGCCUCAUGUUGAGUUUUUGCCUUGUCUCUCUUUUUGUCCGUCACCUUUUAUACAAAAGUGUUUUUUUUUUAUUUUAAGUUUUCCAUCCUGCUGAUAGUGGGACAGAUCCCUGGCAUCAGCCACUCUCAUCAGGGGCUGCCCUGACCCUCAGUGCUCGCAAGAAGGCUUGUUCUUAGAGUGGCCAAUGGCCAAGACUCUUGUUUCCUCCUUUCCUGCUUUUGUUUGAGGGGUUAGUUGGUGAGUGUAAUUUAGUUGAAGCCUGUGUAGUGUUCAAACUCAUGAACUGAUUGGGGAGAAGGGAAGGAAUUUGAGGUUUAUUGACCUGUACUGAGUUGCAAUUGGGGAUUUUGUUUUGCAUCUUAACCUCACUUACUUGGUUGUGGUAACAGUCUCAUUAACCAGUGCGCACCAUGGGGUUGCUGCUCUGGUUAAGGAGGGGGCUGAGAUGACCUCUCCUCACUGCACCACAUUAUAUACACUUGGUGGAUCAUUCUGCGCCCACUUCCUUUCAAUAGUAUGUUGGGAAUCCCAAUCCCACUGCCACAGAGCUCCCAUGUUAUCCACGUUUGAACAGCCCCAUAGAUUCCCAUUGUAUCCCAGAGCACAUCUCCCCCUUAGAGAGCUCUUUGCUGUCACUCCGAGUUACACAGACUCCCUUCUAGUCCCAGGCCAGGCCUACCCAGAUGAAUGUGGUGCCUACCUCCACUCGCCCGCUGGGUGCAGUCAGAUGGAAUCGUGAGGAGGAUGGGAUAGGCAUUGGCGAAACCAGAAAAUGUUUGUUCUGACGUGAUUUCCAAUACUUAGUUUUAGCACCAUCACCACUUCUACCCCCCUCAGGGUAGCUAAUCUGCUUCUCGCAGUCCUGUUUGUGUCCAGUGUUGUAUGAAUCAGGUGUGGGUGCACCUUUAUAGAUUACUUGGAAAUUCCUUCAAGACAAACUAGUAUCUGAGUUGAAGCCAAGCAGCAAAUGACAGUCUAGGAGGCCAAGUCUUGUUUAACUACUAAACCCUGAAUAGAGGGAGUGCAGCUUAUAGUGAGGUGGGGGUCGCAAUCCCUGCAAGAGGCAGGAUAAUUCACAUCUGUUCUCUGGACUCCAGGAUGAAGGAUGGCUGGUCCUGGGUGCAGAGUAUACCGUUGUCUGAAGUUUAUCUACACACCCACUCUCAGCACAGGAAACAUUGGGGUAAUUCUAACCCCUCAACUGGAUUCACAUCUCCACCAACUUGUUUCAGGCCCUGUGUCACCACAACUGCCUACAGAUGCAAUGUGAAGUGAUACAUAUUCCUUGUCUGGUUUUCUCCCCCUGCAUUUUCUUCAGAGUGCUUCCCUGCUCUUUGGUCAGUGAUCAGCUUGCUGGGUGGAUUAGCUGUUGCACAGGACACUGCUGUGAGUGCCUCUUCUCCUGAAUCCUGUGUAUGAUGUAGAGACAGAGGCACACAUUUCCUUAAGACCAUUGGUAUUGGUGAGACAGCUCUCUAGUUGCUGCCAGCUUUUUGCAUUACAUGACUCGUUCUUCUAUUGGGUAUUGCAGACUCCUCUGUUCUGUCCCUUAGUUUACCUGGCAGGUGGUGAGGCUAUUGCCAGUGAGCAUGCUUGUGGUUCUGUGCCAUUGAUCAUUGUGUUGUCUUCCAACCCUCACCCCUUCAUACCCACGCGGUUGGCCGCUUGCCAUUGUACCAAAGGCUCGGACGUGUCUGUGCAGAUUAAUGCGCUGACCACUAGUUGGAUGCCAGACAGGACAGAGGGUCUGAAGACCCCUCAUCUCACUAUGCACACAAGCACAUACUCCCUGACCUAGUCAGAGAGCUUAACGUAGAUGAUGAUCACGGGCACUGACUGGUGAUCGCAAGGGGGCAUCGGGUCCAACUGUUCUUUGAAUCACUGGCCAAGGUUGCCUGGAGGUACAUGUACUGAUCUGCUGGGGAUAGUAGACAAGCUCCUUUGGGACAAUGCUACUUAUUGCACCUACCCCAUCAGAUAAGGCCAUAUCUUCUUCACAGGAAGAAUUUUAGAUGACCCAUUUUGUUUUUAAUCUAUUUGCAUUGAAACUAUGGAGUGGAAGUAAGUACACUCAUUACUGGGUGUGUGAACUGAGAAUUUGUACAGUAGACCAAGCAUGUCUGGACUCUUGCACUGAAGCCAGGAAUGUAUUUAUCUUUAAAAGUGGAUUUGCUAUAUGCACUGUGAUUGUUUAAGUUGUCUAUCCUGUAUUUUUGAUAACUGAGAAUAAAUAUCAAUGUGAAGCU